GACCUAAGCAUCAUAUGCACGCGACCGCUGCACUCUGGCGUGAAAUAGCCAACAUCGAUAACGUACCAUACCCUGCCACUGUGAUGGCCAUCCGAGUGCAAACCACCACGAAUAUCCCAUAAGACACCAAGGUUGAAAACUGCCAACCAAUUUGCUUUGGUUUCCAUUCCACUGCUUCGGACAUUUGUACUCUCUCGUAUUGCUCAACCACAAGAUACCACCAAAAACGGUCAAGAAGCAGGACCACCACGACGCAGAACGCCUCAAUCAACAGACACCAUGGCGUACUUUGAGCUGAGCCGGCGCGACAUCAAUGUCCUCGAAAAGAUCAAGGACCCAGAGUCCGACCCCUCUCUCCUGGUCCAGGUUGAUGCCACCCUUCCCAAGGACCCCCAUAUUUCAGAUCCGGAGGAGUACCAAAAAAUCUCCCAGCAAGAACGCGACAUCAUCGUGUCGAUCCAGGAGCUCGAGAUGCGACAGACCAGGCAACAAUCCAGCGGAGCGGCGAAUAUCGACAUUGUUGCAGAGUACCGCAACUGUGUCUCAAGGCUCGGCCAGCUCAUCCAGGAACACCCACAAUAUGCCAGCGCCCGCAAUAACAGGGCGCAAGCUUUGAGGCGACUAUACGGAGACGCGAUGCUUGUUGCCGACGCGCCAGAGAGCCUGCUAGCACUGCUCCAUGAAGCCGACGAUGCCGAGCGGCUAGAGGCAGCAAAAACUGCGCUGGGCGACCUCGACCAUGCCAUCUCCUUGCUCACGCCCAAGGUGGCGUAUUCGAGACUGCACCCGCAGGUCGCGAGGACACUGUCUAACGCCCACACCCAGCGAGCGGCCAUCUAUCUGAUGACUUCCAAGCUGAUGGGUUCGAAGCCAGCCUCGGUGGAUGCGGCGAGGCCUGAGGCGAGCUGGUUGAAGCUGGAAUUCGAGGAGCGGGCAUCAAGGGAUUUUGCCAUGGGUGGCAGGUACGGGAAUGAAAUCGCAAAGGGCCUGGCGGUAAGCACAAACCCGACUGCCAAGCUCUGCGGCCAAAUGGUGCGGGAGGCCAUGAAGAAGGAGUAUGGACCGGGCUUCGCAUCAUGACGGCCGGACAAACACAACAGUGCGCUUGUAUAUGGAUUCGGCGUUUGACGUUUAGGGCUGUGAGGGUGGCGUUCCGGUCUUUCGUUUACCAGGUUCGAAAUCUUGAUGCAUCUAGAUAGCGAGUAACGCCGACGACUUAAGAGCUCUUUGGGAAACCAAGACGACGACGACCUGCCUCAAGUGUCUCCCG